AGCAAUAUGGCCUUCAACGGCAAGUUCGAGAUGGAGAGUGAGAAGAAUUAUGAUGAGUUCAUGAAGCGCCUCGGGAUCUCCAGUGACGUGAUUGAAAAAGCCCGCAACUUUAAGACCAUCACGGAGGUAAAGCAGGACGGGCAGGAUUUCACCUGGUCCCAGAACUAUUCUGGGGGCCAUAUUGUGACCAACAAGUUCACCAUUGGGAAGGAAUGCGACUUACAGACCAUGACCGGCAAGAAGUUCAAGGUUACCGUGGAGAUGGAGGGAGGGAAGGUGGUGGCGAACUUCCCUAACUAUCGCCAGACUUCGGAGAUCGUGGGUGACAAGCUGGUGGAGACCUCCACCUUCGGGGACGUGACCUAUGAGCGUGUGAGCAAGAGGGUGGCCUAAGCCAGGCCAGGGCCAAUGGGCUAUAAACCCACUAAUAAAAUUGAUAAACAAACAGAA